AUGAUCUGGCGGGCGAAUUUGAGGAUAAUCAGUAUUCUUACCACCGUCCUUUGCAUCGGCACGGUGGUUACUGACUGGAUUGGCAUAUUUCAUCAUAAAUCACAGAAUGGGAUUUCCGCCAAGGUUGGCGACAACAGCGUACACCGAUCAUCAUCAAUUGGAAAAUUAUCGAUGCUAUAUGGCGAGACCAAUGCGCUAUAUGAGCGGGCAUUGGCUGCCCACUUACCACAUAACCAAAAGUUCGGUUAUAGCAUGUAUGUUCUGAGGGAAAAGACAUUACCUGGAUACUGGUCGAAACCCGCAUUUUUCUUGGAGCAACUCCUUGCCGAGUUGGCGUUGCCAGAAGAUAAACGACUCAAGUGGCUCGUUUGGUUUGAUGGUGACACUGUCUUGAUGAAUCCAAAAAUACCACUCGAGAUAUUUCUCCCUCCGAACAACACCUGGGAUCAUAUCCAUGCGUUGGUGACGAAUGACCACCGAGGCUUGAACAACGGGGUUUUCUUCCUUCGAGUACACGAAUGGUCUGUUUGGCUUAUGACGGCAUGCCUCGGCACUGAAAUCUUUGAUCCAACUGUUGAGCUGGAAUUUGGUGAUCAAUCUGCCAUGGGGAUGUGGGUAAAGAAGGAUAGAUUUCGUGACAAUAUUAUCCACGUUCCACAAAGGUGGUUUAACGCGUAUGCGGGCAACCGUGGAGAUACGGAUGGGCUCUUCGCCGAUCCGCUGGAACCGCAGUCCAAGGUGAAACUGAAUUCGAUUAAAGAGGGCGAUCUACUGGUGCACCAUGCUGGACACAAAUCAUUGCGAGCACAACGAAUGAAUCCAUGGAUGGAUGUCGCCGAGCAGCAUCUUCCGCAAUGGGAGCUCGAUUUGAAUGAGACAACAUACGUACAGGAAAUCGAAGAAUUCUGGGGAAACGAAGCAAAGAAUGAGCGGAAGCGCAUGGACGACUUGAUCAAGAAAGAAACGCAGAAGGAGCUUGAAAAGGCGAAAGCCAAGGCUCAAAAGUUGCUUGAGGCGAAACCAGGAACGCCAUAG